AGUGGGGGCAGCAGCGGGUCCGGCUCCCUCCACCGCAGACGAUUCCAGAAAAACAGCAGCCAUGCCGUCCACCAAGAAAGGGUCCAAGAAGUCCUCGAAGAAGGCGGGAAGCAGCGUCUUCUCCUCGUUUACUCAGCAGCAAGUGUCAGAGUUCAAGGAGGGUUUCGCCAUCAUGGAUGCCGACCGCGACGGCAUCCUCAACAAAGCAGACAUCAGAAACUCAUUUGACAUCAUCGGCAAGAUCAUCUCAGAAAAGGAACUGGACGAGAUGCUUAACGAUGCUCCUGGUCCCAUCAGCUUCACCAUGUUCGUCAACAUGUUUGCCGAGCGGCAGUCAGGGCCCACUGACGAAGACGAGGUCAUCAUUAAGGCUUUCAAGGCCUUCGACAGGGGCGACGGUAAGAUAGAUUCAGAGCAGUUCCGCGGCCAGCUCAUGUCCUUUGGCGACAAGAUGAAAGGGAAGGAGGUCGACGACGUCAUGGCGGAGAUGGAGUUCGACGAGGAGAAUAACAUCGAGCUGGACCCGCUGAUUGAGAUGAUAGUCGGCAAGACGGAGGAAGAGAACGCCGAGGGACAGGGCGAGGCGCCCGCCGAGUAGACCCGGAUCGUCACCGUGACCUUUCAUCUUUCCAAGCAACCCACUGACCCGAACACAGCUGUUCCGGGGCCUGGGACUCGACCGGGUCGAAUAGUGGCGCCGCGGCGCGGGAACCGCGGGAACCAGGUGCUCGGGCGCCCGCGGGCCCUGCCGCCGCCGCGCCCCGUCCCCUGCCUUUGGCCCGCGCGCGGCGCGAACACAAGUUCCGUGCGCCGCGAAGGGGGCGCGCGUCUCUCAUCCCUGUGCCGGCGCCCGCUGGCGUCUCUGCUGGUCCGAGCGACAGUCGUGAUGUCUCGCGGCGCUCCAAUAAACUCCGGGCCGACCUGA